AUCAGGAUGAUAUAAAUCGUGAGCCAAUUGAAAUGAAAUUGUAUUUUGAUACACAUCAUAAAAAUGGUAUUUGGAUUCACUUACAAGCUCAAGAAAACUAUGAGCAAAUGAAAGCUAUGUGGGAGAAGGCAAUAUUUGAUGGUGAUGGAAUAACUGGACGCGAGAUCCUUGAAAACGUGCUGAAGCCAAAAUCAGGUUAUAUUCGCGGGCUUGGAUACGGUGUGAAGCCGAAAAAAUUAAGAGAAGUCGAACUUGAAGCUCUUUUACAAGCUGAAAAGACUGAAUCUCAAGCAAGAAACGAUGAGCUAACAAAGCAAAUAGAAAGCCAACAAACGGUAAUUAAUCGUUUACAAGAGUCUUUUGAUGAAUUAAUGUUUAGAAUGGACGAGUUAAAACAUCAACAAGAAGGGGGCAACAAUUCAUCACCUGAAUAGUAAGAUUGGAAUUGAAAAGCAAGCUUUGGAUGGAUAUUGGUGGUUUGCAUCUCAACAAAAUUUUAUUAUCUUUUAUAUUAUGCUUAUAAAACUAGAUUUAUAUAUUUUUAGGAAUGAUCCUUCGUGUUUUUUAUCGAAGCAU